GAACAUCGAUUCAAGCCUUCGCUAGGUAACUUUUGGCGCUUUCAGAGCUGAGCAGGAAUUGCAUUUUCCAGCCAUUUAUUCGGGAAAAUCUACAUACGUGUCAGCGGGUUAUCGUAAUCCCGUUCGCUUCUUUGUUGAAUGGUUGACAAUAUACGCAGCAGGAUCAACUGCUCACACCAGCAAUGUGAAGGAUGAGAAAACUUGUGACGAUCUGGGGAAGGGUCAAAACGUUUUUGUGUACUCAUGGCAAGCCGAUCCGAAAACUGGUGCUCAUUUUUGUUAUCGCACUUCGAUGUCCACGUCUACAGUCAGCUCACCAGCAUUUAGAAUAAAUGGAUACGACUUUUCCAACAGCACUUACUCUACUUGGACGGAAUCCUUGUAUAAUAUUGACCAUCUGCGUCUUUACCUCGUUGAGCAAGAAUCUUUCGAAAACGUCAUGCUCUGUUUGGGGAUGUUUGUCGCGCUAAUCUCAUUCUUGAUUGUUGGCCGAUGCAAUGAAGAUUCGUUCAUAAUUGACGAGGGCGAACGUCUCGCUGAAGAGGGUGAACCUUUGUAG